AUGCGCGACGCCGCCCUUCUGGCUUUCAUAUCUGCGCUGGUCAUCCAUGCAGCCGCAAUCCAGGACCACCAUGCUGCACACGAUGUAGGCGUCCAAGCGCACCGCGUCAUACAAGGGAGCAGACAUGCUGGUAUCGCCGUCUUGGCCGACGACCAUUUCCGAGAGAGAUAUGCCAACCAGAUACAAAGCAUCCGCUGCUACGCGAAGGCACAAGGCUAUGACCUCUGGCUGCUCAGCGGGGGUGAGUUUGCUGCCUGUGCCGAGCUCUGGAAAGCCCAGAACGGCUACUUCUUCCUCAAGCACUGCGCCGCAGCCAGCUUGCUGCAGGCGCAGGAGCCAGGGUACAGCCUCGCUGUGCUGGACUCCGACGUCGUGGCCGUCGCCUUGGACCGAAGCCUCGACCGGUGGAUGCAGAGCCGAGCCGACCUCCAGUUCUACGAGCGCAUCACGGGCGAGGAGGUCAUGGCAGGCAACUACAUCGCCAAGAAUCGGCCCUGGGUACGGGCCUUCCUUCAGCGCUGGGCGUCCAUGAAGGACCGGCAGCCGCCGGGCUUCAGCUCGGCCGACAACGGAGCGCUCCACGUGGUCCUGGUGGAGACCUUGGAGCUCGCCGGGGCCAGCAGGGUCCGGGAGCUCUACGGGGGGCUGGAAGCCAAGGUCGACAACCUCCAGCCUUACUGGAGCUUCGUGGAGGAGUCGAUGCGGGUGCUGGGGCCACCCAGGAUGUGGAGCAUGGAGCAGACCAGCCUCGGCCGCGAGCACGGCUGCAUCGGAGAGGACGACAUGGAAUUGUUAGGGUUUAGGUUUAGGGUUUAG